ACGACUUCCGCAUGUUAUUUGGGGAAACGUCACAGCUAGGUUCAGAAACUAACACGUGAAUUUGGCACGGGGAUAUUUUUAACUAAACUUUGGUUGUUUUAAUACCAACUGAACUCGCCAUAAAGUAUCUAUUACCCGAGUUUGGUGAAACGGGGACGUGGUUUGGGGUCCUCAGCGCCUGGGCAGUGUUGGUGUUCGGCUGAAGCUGAGGGUAGCUGGCUGACCCACCGUCUCGUCCCGUCAUGGAUGAUCCUGAACACGGCGCCGUGCAGAUUCACGGCGACGAGGAAAUCAUCGAGGUUAUUGAGCUGAAUGAGACGGAACAGACGCCAGAUGACCUGGCGGAGGAAUUCGACGAUGUGGAUUUCGCUGAGGCAGGGAACGUGGACGAUGAAGGAUGGGAGACUGAGGAUGAGAUGGACGCGGAGCAAGACGAUAGCGAGCUCACGUUUUCCAGACAUACCGGCUCUGUGUUCUGCGUCAGCUUGGACCCGGUGACAAAUAAUCUUGCCGUCACGGGUGGUGAGGAUGACAAAGCUUUCGUAUGGAGAGUCACCGACGGAGAGCUGCUGUUUGAAUGCACAGGCCACAAGGACUCUGUCACGUGUGCAGUCUUCAGCCAUGACUCAAAGCUGGUGGCGUCUGGAGACAUGAGCGGACUUAUCAAAGUGUGGCGGGUCGAGACCAAAGAGGAGAUUUGGUCUUUCGAAAUAGGAGAUCUAGAGUGGUUACAGUGGCACCCUCAUGCGCCAGUCCUGCUGGCAGGUGCUGCUGACGGCAACGUUUGGAUGUGGAAGAUUCCGAGCGGGGAGUGCAAGACGCUUCAGGGCCCCAACUGUCAGGCGACAAGCGGAAAAAUCCUCCCCGAUGGCAGAAGAGCAGUGGUGGGUUAUGAGGAUGGGACACUGCGUCUGUGGGACCUCAAGCAAGGCAACACCAUCUACGUCAUUAAAGGCCAAGACGGCCACCAGGGGGCACUGACGUCUAUGGAGUGUAACAAAGAUGGCACACUGGUCCUCACGGGGUCAGUGGACGGACAGGCUAAACUCAUCAACACUUCAACAGGCAAGGUGGUGGGCUGUCUAUCACUGGACAACAGCGACACGGGAAACACGGUGGAGGAGCAGGAUUCCAAUUCCGUGGAGUCUGUAGGCUUUUGUAACGUGCUUCCCCUCGUGGCUGUGGCGUAUCUGGACGGCACUCUAGCUAUUUACGACUUGUCCACACAGAGCCUUAGACACAGCUGUAAGCAUGAGGUCGGCAUCGUGCAUCUGCAGUGGGAGGAGGCAUCAGCAAUGGUGGCAGUCUGUAAUCUGGGUGGGGUGGUCACUCUGUGGGAUGGGCGGUCAGGAAGCAUGGUGUCCGAGUACCAUGGACACUCAGCAGAGAUCCUGGACUUCACCCUCAACAGAGAGGCGUCAGUUGCAGUGACGGCAGGCGGCGACCACAAAGCCAAAGUCUUCUGUCUUCAGCGGCCCGAUCGGUAGGAAGACGGGACUCCUGUACCCUAGCCUUCCGUCGGACCGCCUCGCGUCCAAACUGCCUCCUCAAAGAAGGAUCUUGCUCACUAAUUCUGUUUUUUUAAUGAUCAAGUCUGGCUCUUUCUCACUUCUGCAGACUGCCGUUUCAACUACUGGUCAUUUUGAGAAACCCGUGUAGAAGAGUUACUGGGCAUUGUGAUCCUUUGGGUGGAAAAAAAGGUGUCAUUCAGAAAAGGUUUUGGUUACGUAUAAUCUGAAAUGUACAUUCAAACCAUUUUAAUUGGACUGAUGGAUAAAGAAUAUUGGGAAUUUUGUUAUUGUGAAUGAAAGUGAAAUAAUUUGGACGGGUCUAUUGAUUCCUGCCAUGUUCACACUUAAGGCCACAUGUGUAGUCUUGUGUUUUGGUUUGGUUUCUUUGACCCCUUGAAGGAACAUCAUGUGUGUUUUAUGCAGUUGACUAUUAGUACAGCUGAACCUUAGGCUACAAAUGAUAAUCCAGCUUUCAUCUUUCUCAUUUAAUACCCAGUUUGUUCUGUAAUACAGAAUAUUUGUUGACCUGAGAAUUAUAGCAGACAGUCUGGGGACAUGAGGAUAAUGGUGAAUGGAAUUUCCGGUGGUUGGACCAUAUCAUUUUAAGUGGAAACUGCGUUUGGUUCUGUGAUGUAAAUCGUCCAGUUCAUCCAGUUGAACAGAAAUUAAGCCAAUAUGUUUGCAUGAAUUUAAUACAAAAAAAAAGCUAUUGAUGGAAAGGACACACCUAAGCUUUCUAAAGAAGAGAUUUAGAAAUUAUAAACCUUUUUGCAUUUUAGGGCAUCUUAUGGUUUGAUCUGCCAAGUUACACUUAACUUUUGUUUGAGGGUUGUUUAUGCUUAUCAAAAAUAAAUCGUUUUGUGUGAACGUGCA